UCCAGUGGAUUGCUGGCGGCUGGCGCGCGCUGCGUCGGGCGCCUCACGCGCUCCCUUUCCCGAGGCGGCGAAGCAGGAGGUGGGCGGAGCCUAUCGGGAGAUGCGGGCCACUUGAAGCGGCGCAGCCGAGGCGAGCGGAGCGAGAGGGAAUGGCUGCGGCGGCGGCGGGAGGCAGCGAGGAGCCCUUGCCGGGCCCUUCGGGGCUCCGCAGGGGAGGACGAGGCGACGGCGAGAAGGACGAGGACGACGAGGAGGAGGCGCCCUUGGCUCCACUGCGGGAGGCGCUCUCUCUGGAGGAGAUUCUGAGGCUCUACAACCAGCCCAUCAACGAGGAGCAGGCCUGGGCCGUGUGUUAUCAGUGCUGCGGGUCUCUCCGGAGAGAGUCGUCGUCGUCGCCGCUGGGACGCCGGGUGGAGAGCCCCGCCGACAUCCGCAUCGCCAGGGACGGCGCCGUCACCUUGGACCGAGGAGGAGGAGGAGGCCCCGGAGGAGCAGGUAAAUCAGAACAUUCCCGUUGUUCAGAGACAGAGGUAAUUGAAUCAUUGGGGAUUAUUAUUUAUAAAGCACUGGAUUAUGGCUUGAAAGAGAAUGAAGAACGUGAGCUAAGUCCUCCUUUGGAGCAGCUUAUUGAUCAUAUGACUAAUGUGACAGAAGCAAAUGGAGGCAGAGAUGAAGGCUAUGAGGCUCUGGACGAGGGAGAAGAUGAUGAGAAUGAGAAAAAUGUUCCAGUUAUACAGUCAUACCGAGACGUCAUGAAGCUCUGUGCUGCUCAUCUACCAACUCGAUCAGAUGCACCAAAUCACUAUCAAGCAGUAUGUCGGGCACUGUUUGCCGAGACAAUGGAGUUAUAUACCUUCUUGGCCAGAAUUAAAAGUGCAAGAGAGAAUUUGAAGAAGAUGCAGGAAAUGGACAAAGGAGUAAAUGAUGAAUCUAGCACAGAUCUUGAUGAAUUAAAAACUGCUGAUUGGGCUCAAUUUUGGGUACAGGUCAUGCGAGACUUGAGAAAUGGUGUGAAACUGAAGAAGGUUCAAGAACGUUUGUACAAUCCUCUUCCCAUAGAGUAUCAGUUGACUCCAUAUGAGAUGCUAAUGGAUGAUAUUCGAUCCAAACGCUAUACUUUAAGAAAAGUCAUGGUGAAUGGGGAUAUCCCUCCACGAUUAAAAAAGAGUGCCCAUGAAAUUAUCUUGGAUUUUAUUCGUUCUCGACCUCCAUUAAAUCCAGCUGCUGCAAGAAAAUUGAAACCAACCCCACCACGACCACGUAGUCUGCAUGAAAGAAUAUUGGAAGAAAUUAAGUCUGAAAGGAAGUUGAGACCUGUUUCUCCAGAUGAGAUCAGACGUAGCAGGCUAGCAAUCCGGCCUCUUAGCAUGUCUUACAGUUUUGACUUGUCAGAUGUAUCGACACCAGAGGCCAAGAAAAAAAUGCCAGAAAGCUGUGUAGUAAAUGGCAGCUUGGCAUCUGAAUCAAAGAUGAAUGGUACUACUAUGAUGACAGUACAACGGAGACUUUUGAAAGCUCCCACUUUGGCCGAACUGGAUACCUCAGAUUCAGAGGAAGAAUCUGUACACAAAUCAGCCAGUAGCAGUAGUAUCUCUCCCUCACAAAUGGAAGAUACAUUUCCAGAGAUGACAUCUGGAAGAAAGGUGCCUCCCAAAUUUUUGCCAAUAUCCUCCACGCCGCAGCCGGAGAGGAGGCAGCAACCUCAGAGACGCCAUUCUAUUGAAAAGGAAACCCCAACCAAUGUACGACAGUUCCUGCCCCCCACAAAACAGAGUUCCAGAUCACUUGAGGAGUUUUGCUACCCAGUGGAAUGCCUGGCUCUCACAGUGGAAGAAGUAAUGCAUAUUCGUCAAGUAUUGGUGAAGGCAGAGCUAGAGAAGUACCAGCAGUAUAAAGAUGUCUAUACUGCCCUAAAGAAGGGAAAGCUUUGUUUUUGUUGCCGAAUUCGAAGGUUUUCUUUCUUCACCUGGUCCUAUACUUGUCAGUUUUGUAAAAGGCCUGUAUGCUCACAGUGUUGUAAAAAGAUGCGUCUGCCAUCAAAGCCAUAUUCCACUCUUCCUAUCUUUUCUCUGGGCCCAUCUGCUUUACAAAGAGGAGAGAGCUUUAUGAGACCUGAUAAACCUUCUACCAGUCAUCAUAGGUCCUUGAGGGGCCUUCCAAGACUGUCCACAAAGUCCAAGUCUGUAGAUAAGUCAGAUGAAGAAGCCCUGUUUCCAAAGGAACUGAUGGAGGACUGGAGCACAAUGGAAGUGUGUGUGGACUGCAAAAAGUUCAUUUCAGAGAUCAUUAAUUCCAGCCGCCGCAGCCUCUCCCUGGCCAACAAGCGAGCCAGGUUAAAAAGGAAGACCCAGUCGUUCUACAUGGCGUCUCCAGGCACCUCAGAGUACUGCCCUUCUGAGAGGACUAUCAAUGAGGUCUGAGCCUUGUGCCUUUCUCUCUGCUCUGUCGUCAUGCGGUCCUGAGAGAACCUGUUGAUGAAACCCGAAUGUCUUUUUCCCCUCCUCUCCUUUGUUCUACUUGACAGCCUACAUUUGCAUUAGGUCGCUAAUAUCGCCACUCCAUUUAGUUGGCAAAAAAAGAAAUGGUCAGAAAUCGGGCUAUGCAGAAGGUCGGCCAAUAAACUUGUUUGCACUGGAAGAAAACAACAGUUAGACUGUUGCCUUUUUGUAUGUGUGCAGUGUACAAAGGAAGCCUUUUAUUUUUAUUCUGGUAUGCGUUUUCAAGGAUAAUGUCAAAAUUGUUGUUAAACGAUGUUGGCGUUUGCUACCAACUAACUUUAUAUUUCACAGUGUAGGGGUACACAAGUCCGUGUUGCUGUGUGCAAAAGAGAUGAAGGCUCUUAAUGCCUUAUAGAUGGGAGGGCAAACUUCCCACUGGGAAAUUGCAUUCUUGCUGCUGAAAUAAUAAUUUAAGCUGCUGCCAAGUUUCCCUCUGCUGCUGUUGUACUGCCUCUGAAAUGGAUGCUUGCUGCAGUGGGUCUUUCUAUGAUACAGGAGAGUGCCAGAGCCUCUCUGGAUCCCAAAAGCGGGCUGCCUCCUUCCCUUCCAGAAAAGCAAGAGGAGAUUGCUCUUUGUUUCUUUCUUCCGUGGUGUUUGGGGAGCACCAACUCUGGCAGCACACUUCUACUAGCAUUUAAGGCAAAUUGGGAAAGGGGGCAGCUAGGAAAGGUGUGCAUGUGGCCUGCAUGUUGCCCAUCCCUGCCUUGCAGUAUAGCCCAAGCGUGAUACUGAUUUGCUGAUGUGCUCAGCGUGUUUGACCAAUCCAAGCCAGGGGCUCUAAAGCAGGUCUCUUCAACCUAUGGACCUCCAGAUGAUUAGGCCUCAAACUCCCAGAAGCCCUAGCCAGCCUGUCCAGUGGUCAGACAUUCUGGGAGCUGAAGUCCAAAACACCUGGAGGGUCACAGGUUGUGCAGGCCUUUUUCUAGCAUCUGGGCUCUAGUGUAAAAUACUGAGUGAACUGGAAGUGUUCAAUCUCCUUCACCUGCUGCUGUUCCAGUAUAAUAUAAUUAGUAUGUUCUCAGUGGUAGUAAUUUCUUCCCUGUCUUGAAUGUAUUCUGAAUAUAAGCUGUAGUAAUAGUUUUGCUCGUUGUAACUUUUAGAAAUAAGCAGAAUCAUACUCUUGAUGGGAAAGGUGCAAGAUACAAGUUCAACCUUUUAAUAUUGGUGUGUGUUUUUUUGUAAAAUAAAGAAUGUUCUCUAGGUGAUAUUCCUGAGAAAACAGGUAAUAUGUAUAUUUGUACUAUAAUAGAAAACAUAAGUAUUGCAAUAACAAAAUAUAUGGAAGCAUAUCCAUUGUAAACCCCCUUUUUACAGGGGUUUAUAUCUUGGCUGCAAAGAAGUUUUAUAUCCUGCCAAAAUUUGAGGCAGUCGUGUCUCAGAUUGAAAGGUUUUGUUCUGGAUUUUUUAAAGGUUUGGAGAAACACUGUCUAGUUGUCUAGAAAUUCCAAUAAUAUUACCAAACAUCA